UUAGCAAGCCAAAAAACCCCCUCAAAUUUCCACUCCUACCCAACUCAUAUACAAUAAUAACUCCCUCGAGUUAUAGGCCCUUGCACCCACAACAUGUCUAUUCACCACCUCUCUUUUUCUCUUCUAUGUGUCUCCUUCCUCACACUCAUUCUCUUCACUAACCCCUCCAUCUCCGCCGUCGACACCUUCAUCUACGGCGGCUGUUCUCAGCUCAAAUACGCUCCGGGAACUCCGUACGAAUACAACGUCAACUCCAUCCUCUCCUCCCUCGUCAACUCCGCCUCUUCCACACCCUACAACACCUUCAAAAUCUCCCUCCCCGGCUCCACCAAGGCCGACGUCGUCUACGGCCUCUACCAAUGCCGCGGAGACCUCACCACCUCCGACUGCCGCGCCUGCGUCGCGCAGGCCGUCAGCCGCGUCGGCGUCGUCUGCCCCGCCGCAUCCGGCGCCGCAUUGCAGUUCGACGGAUGUUUCAUCCGAUACGAUAACGUCACGUUCUUUGGCGUGCAGGACAAGUCAGUCCUCAUGCGGAAAUGCGGACAGGCAUCCGGGUAUGACUCUACUGGCUCCACUCGACUCGACUCGUUAUUAAAUUAUUUAACAACGCAGAGCCAGUAUUUUCGUGUUGGAGGAUCAGGGAGUGUUCAGGGUGUGGCACAGUGUGUGCAGGACUUGAGUACGAGCCAGUGUCAGGAUUGCUUAGCCGAGGCCACGGCUCAGCUGAAGAGUCUUUGCGGCUCGGCUGCGUGGGGAGACAUGUUCUUGGGAAAGUGCUACGCGAGAUAUUCGGACCAUGGGGAUCGCUCGAGGAGUCAUGAUACUGGCGAAAAGAAAAAAGAUGAUAAUAUGCAAAGGACAUUGGCAAUUCUCAUCGCGAUUAUAGCUAUUGUUGCACUAGUUAUCAUUUGUUUGGCGAAAUUUUGUCACCGGAAAGAUAAUUGCGAGAAAUAAAGUCGCAAUCUUUCACGAAAUAUUCUCUGAAACUUCAUCUUCGGGUAGACAGCGACUCCCACUCUCCCAACUGGUGCAAUUUCAUUUCUAAUUCUUUCUGGCUUUAGAGAAGUUUCCUUUUGUAUUUCCUUAACAGAUCCCUCUCUUUAUCCGUC